AUGUAAGACCUAGCAGCUUAUUUUCACUACUUUCGUUUUAAGGGAAUCAAUGGAAGGAUGUUUGUAUUUAGCAUGCCAAUUAGUUUUAACGUCUUACCACAAUUCCUUGUUCUUUCACUUGUCUUCAUCACAAGUUUUGGAGAAGAAUUGCUUCAGACUGUGAAAGACGAAGUUCCAGGUGGGAAUUAUACCGUUUACCAAAUUCGGAGCAGAGGUCGUCUUCGACUUGAACUUGUGUCAAUCUCAGGAGACGCUGACCUGUAUGUGUCUGACAGCGAGCCAAUUCCUUCAGAUGAAAACUAUGACGUUAAAUCCUUUUCGUGUGGUGUGGACACAGUAGAAUUGUCUUCCAGUAUGAAGCGUCCUAUAGCUGUUAGUGUAUUUGGUCAUCCUUUUUACAGUGCGUCGAAGUACAGCUUGUCCGUAUUUAAACUUCCGGAAAAGGAGGAAAUAGACUAUGCAACAUUAGAUGCUUUAUACAAUGAUUAUGUAGAUGAUAAACCAGAGACAACACAAGACUCUUCGCAAGUGUCCGAGGAUGAAUACAGCUAUCAGGACAGUGAUACAGAUGAGGAGUCAAACAUGUGGACCAUCGCGAUCACAAUACUGAAAUUAUUAUUUGAUGUUUUGUUGUAAUACUAAAAUACACUUAUUCUGCAGGUUUAAAUAAAGUACACUGUAUUUAGAUUUACUCCUUUAUUUUAUUUUCCUUAAAAUUAUUAAUUGUUUGGGGUUUAUUUCAUACAGUAGAUUGUCUUUAUGUUUUUAUAUGUCAAAAACCAGAACUUAAACUUACACUACAGCUUUAAAAGAUAUUAGUAUCAACAUUUCUAAUUGAAUGCAUCUCUUCAUAGAGCUUCUUCCCUGUGUUUUCCUUCAAUUAUACCCAUCAUUUUGUCAUAAAUGAAUAAAAGACAUUAUUUCCUAAUCAA